AUGGCAAUUGAAGCAUUAAAGACCAAAAAACGCGCUCACUCAAGCUGCUUUGACUUCUUUGAUGAGAAGCGUUUAUAUGGGACAGUUCUGCAACGUUCAUCUGAAGUAUUCGAAGAUGGAGAAGCAUUAGCAUCGUUGAUUUGUACAGAAUGGUUACCUGAUCUUGUAGUUCGAGGAGAAAAACUGUUGACUGUUCAAGACUUGCACUACCUGCUCGUUAACUCCAUGCCAGUGUUCAGUCAGCUUGACCCGCGUAGACAAGCGGAGGUGCUACGAAGUGCGUUGGAGAUGUGGGGUUACAUGUGGGGACUUAAUGAGGAAAAAGACGAUGAAAUACGUGAACAAGGCUGCGGUGCUGAAGCUAGUCAUGACGGAACUUUCAACUGCUCAUCUCGGGCAUCGCUUCGUGUUCUUGCUGAUAUUACCAAUACAGUAGAUAGCUUUUCUCCGGUUACUGUUGCGCCCGAGUAUCCGAUUUCUCCUACUAGCUCGUCUGAAACAGUGGAAGAAGUAUUUUCUUGGAUUGACCCAGACGAGGAUGCAGAGGCCACAGAGGAAGAAGAUUGGUCUGUUGCUGAGAGCAUGAUACGUUUAUGUCAACCCAGGUAG